CAACAACUCACGCAACACAACAAGCACUUCCUAUUCUUAUUUCAUUUUCUUUCUUAUUUUUCUUAUUAGCCACUCGCUACUCGCUAAUAUAUCCUUUGCUGCCAAUUUCCAAUACCUUCUCAACCAACCACCUAAUCAAUCAAAAUGGUUGCAUUUACCACCAUUGCCUUCUCUGCCGCUGCCCUCUUGGGCUUCGCUUCGGCCGCUCCCAAUACCCCACCCUCAACUGGUGUCAUCCACCGAAUCUUCGCCGGCUCCACUGUUGCCAACAAGGGUCUCCACUUCGAGCCUGAGAACAUCGUCGCCGAGAUUGGUGACUUGAUCGAAGUCCACUUCCUUCCCAAGAACCACUCCUUCGUUCAGUCUUCUUUCGACAAGCCCUGCGAGCCUAUCAAUGACAACGCUGUCUUCUCAGGCUUCCAAUUUAACACCAUGGCCGGCGAGGCACCUAAUGUCUUCACCUUUCCUGUCCUCGACAAGAAACCCUUCUGGUUUUACUGCAGCCAGACCGCUGGCAACCAUUGCCAGAUGGGCAUGUCUGGUGUCAUCAACCAGAACUUCGACGGUGCUGCCACCCUUACUGCAUACAAGGCCAAGGCUGCUCUUACCGGACCUUCCAUCUCUGGCAAGAUUCCCAGCAACGGUGGCAGAGUCCUCCCCAAUAAGCCGUUGUAAGUGAUGAGGGCACACUGUAAGAGUGUGUAAUGGUACGAUAAUGGAGGAUGGCUUUGACAUUUAGCGCUGCAUUUGAUUAGCAUUUGGAUAUUGGAUUUUGCAUAGCAUCGGCGUUUUUCAUUCAGCUUCACUUCCUCACGCUCUCUUACUAUAAUUCGGGGCCCCUUUAUACAUCAAUACAUA